AUGACCACGCCAAUCGACCAGAGCGGCCUGCAGUCGCUGCUGGACUCCUCGCGCAUCGGCAUUCUGGACGGUGGUUUGGCGACAUACCUCGAAGAUGGACUUAACUUUGACCUCUCCAAAGGUCCGCUCUGGAGCGCACGUCUGCUUGAUGAAAAGGAAGACGAUGUCAGCGAUGGCAAAGGACAGAAGGGGAUCUUUGACGCGCAUCUCCACUAUUUGCAAGCCGGCGCCGGUAUCAUCGGCACAGCUACAUACCAAGCAUCGCAAGAAUCUUUUGCUCGGGCCAACUACGACGAGGCCUCGGCAUCACAUCUUAUAUCUAAAGCUGUCGAUCUUGCUUGCCAUGCUCUGCACACAUACAACAAUGUCAACUCAGCAGCAUCAUCCUCAAGGCCAGUCAUCAGCCUGAGCCUUGGCCCAUACGGAGGUAUGCUCAGCAACGGAGCAGAAUACACAGGCGACUACAGACGCACAUUCCUACCCGAAUCGGAUCCACGACGCGAGCAGCAACCAUCGCUCGAGGAGAUGGCAGCAUUCCAUCAGAGACGUAUUGAAGCAUUCGUUGCGCAGCCGAGCUGGAAAGAUGUCGGUGUGCUUGCAGUGGAGACAGUGCCUCGUGCUGACGAGGCCCUGGCUUUCAGAAUGGCGCUUGAGAAUGUCGUCAAGAGUCACCAACAACAAGGAAAGCCACUCGAGAGGAAGCCGGUCUACAUAAGCAUGGCGUAUCCGGACGACCGCCGACUACCAUGGCCACCUGUCAGCUCGAGGUCGACCAGCAACGAUGAUGAUGACGUCGACAUGGACGAGGACGAUGACGAAGACGCUGCAGAUGACGAGGGUGCAGUGCAGGAAGAGAUGAAUUGGCUCGUUCAGAUUGUCACAGACACACAAGUGCAAGAUCAAGACUCGCUUUGGCCGGUCAGCGGUAUCGGCAUCAACUGCACCAAGCCUUACCUGCUGGAGAAGCUGGUGGAACGCAUGUCAGCCUCUCUAGUCGUGCUCAACAAACCUGCUAGCGAAGGCGGGCUGGAUCUCGAGUGCAGGAGAAGCGGGGUUGGAUUGCAAAAGCCUUUGUUGUUCCUUUAUCCUGAUGGUGGACUGGUGUAUGAUGCAGUCAGGAAAGUUUGGCUUACACCAUCGAACGCUGGAGCGCUGGAGGGUGACAAUUCGGCUGCAUCUUGGGCUUCGAACUUGAUGAAGCUGGCCAAGAGAAUCACUGCGAGCAACGGGACCAGCUUUCCCGAUGUAUGGAGAGGCGUCUUUGUCGGAGGAUGCUGUAAGAGCGGCACUGACGAGAUCCGGGCGCUUUGCCAGUGCAGGUCCUCAUAG